AUGUCUGUACACGCGACAGACAAUGCGCUGCAGAGCGCACCGGCCGAAGAUGGCGCUCUCUUCAUCAAGGGACACGGUACUCACCUAGAUACCGCAGCAGCUGUCAACGAUGAGGCCCGUAUCGACUUGACCUUUGACGGUAAAAGCUCUCUACAGCAUGUCUUACAGAAUGCGAUGCCACCUGAUUCCUACGCGAGCAACGUCGAGAUCCGCCCUCAUCUAGGUGCAAGAGCGCCUUGUACCUUGAACAUUGUGCUACAAAUUGUUGGCAGCCGAGGCGACGUUCAGCCCUUCAUUGCGCUGGGUAACGAGUUGCAAAAGCACGGCCACCGUGUCCGCAUCGCCUCCCACGAUGUCUUUGCCGACUUUGUACGCCAGUCCAACCUCGAAUUCUACCCCGCCGGCGGAGACCCUUCAGACCUCAUGGCAUAUAUGGUCAAGAACCCCGGCCUCAUCCCCUCUGUUUCUUCGCUUAUGGCUGGUGACAUUAGCCGCAAGCAAGACAUGGUUGAGGAGAUGCUAGAUAAGUUCUGGCUCUCGUGUAUCGAACCAGACCCCAUCUCGGGAGUCCCUUUCAUCGCCGAGGCCAUUAUUUCCAACCCGCCGAGCUUUGCCCAUAUUCACCUAGCAGAGGCCCUAGGCAUCCCCCUGCAUCUCAUGUUCACUAUGCCUUAUAGUCCUACCCAGGCCUUUCCGCACCCGUUGGCGAAUAUCAAGCAGUCGAACCUCGACCCGAAGCUUACAAAUUACUUGUCGUAUGGGAUGGUAGAGACGCUGACAUGGCAAGGGCAAGUAUCUUGUCUUGGAGAUAUCAUCAAUCACUGGAGAAGGAAAUCAUUAAACCUGGACCCGAUCUCGUCUACCACUGCGACUAGUAUGCUCAGCGCCCAGGAGGUGCCGUAUACGUAUUGCUGGUCUCCUGCCUUGGUACCGAAGCCCGCCGACUGGCCCCCUUAUAUUGAUGUCUGUGGCUUCUUCUUCCGUGAGGAACCACAGUACACCCCGCCCGACCAUAUUGCCCAAUUCCUUCAAGCAGGACCGCCACCAAUCUACAUUGGCUUCGGCAGUAUUGUCAUGGAUGAUUCAGCAAGGAUGACAGACUUGAUAUUGACGGCGUUACGAAGGUGUGGCGUCCGAGCCAUCAUCUCCAGGGGCUGGGCCAAACUUGGUGAAGGCAGUAGCGAUGAAAACGCUAUAUUCAUCGACGACUGCCCUCACGAAUGGCUAUUCAAAUACGUUGCAGGAGUAAUACACCAUGGUGGAGCUGGAACAACAGCAUGCGGGCUGCUUAACGCUCGCCCUACGUUCAUCGUCCCUUUCUUCGGAGAUCAACCGUUCUGGGGAUCAAUGGUGGCUAAAGCCGGUGCUGGCCCGUUUCCCAUCCGCCACAAAGAACUCAACGUAGACAACCUCACCAACGCUAUAGAGACGCUGCUUGCGCCCGCUACAAAGACUGCAGCCAUUCGUAUUUCGGAAACCAUGCAGACCGAACAUGGCGUUGCACAAGCCGUACAGUCCUUUCAUCACCAUCUCCCGCGGGACACGCUUACGUGUGACUUGUUGCCUGGCGAGGUAGCCGCCUGGAUGUACGAUGCUAAGCGACUGAGCAAGGCUGACAGGAAGAAACAUAAGAAUGGAUUGAGACUGUCUCCUAGGGCCCUGAGCGUUCUGAGUAACCGCCAGAAGGUUGACUUGACUAAGGUGCAGCUGAAUCAUCCCAAGCCGGUAGAGAUCGAAAAUCAUCGAUGGGAUCCCUUGACCGCAACAUCAUCGGCCCUACUAGGCUCGCUGGUUGACUUCUCCAAGGGCUUCGGAAGCCUUAUGUCCGCCCCCGUUAUCAAAGUCCGGCACGAGACUGCAAACCGGGAGAGGAGAUAUGCCGCCACAGCAGCCCUCAUCAAAGAUAAUUCCCGGAGCGAUAGCAUAAGAUCGACUGCAACUGGUACAGACACCCAAGACCAAGGUCUGGUAGAAGCGAACCGUGCAGCCUCGUCGAAACCAGGACGAGAGGCAUCAACAACAUCCUCCAACGCCGGAAAGUCCGCCGGAAAGGGCGUCUCCAAGAUGGCCACGAGCGUUCUCAAAGGGUCGCUUGUUGACGUACCCCUCGCUCUUACUGAGGGCCUACAUAAUCUGCCCGAGCUGUACGGCGACAAGGUCCGGAAGCAUAACAAGGUUACAGACUGGAAAAGCGGCACCGCUGAAGCUGGCAAGAACUUUGCGUAUAACUUUCUCGAUGCCACGUGGUGUCUGUUUAAGCAGCCCGCCGUCGGCGCAAUCAAGGGAGGUCCCGUGGGUUUAGUAACAGGUCUCGGCAAGGCAGGCUUCGGGCUGAUUGCCAAGCCUGGAAGCGCCAUGUUUGGUCUGCUCGCAUAUCCUGCCCUAGGCAUUUACAAGAGUAUCGUGGGGAGUCUUUCAAAGACGGAGAAGAGGGUUCUGGAGGCGCGGCUUGCGCAUGAUGCGUACUUUGCUAGGGUUGACCCGAUCAGUGAGCAGGAGAUUGCAUCAGUUUUGAGCUCAUUUGGGACUGGAAAUUAGCACGGCCGUUUGAAGGAAUAGCUAUAGGAUGGCAUGCAUUUGUUAAGAUGAAGCUCUUGGAAGGUUAUCUUGCGCGUUUUAUUAUUGGAUAAUAGCAAAAGCUGC